GAAGACUUCUUUGUGUAUAUCAUUCCUCGUUGCUGGAUUUCUGGUCAAUAUGUCCUCUACAGUAAGGCUCAGGACUUGCUAAUUCACCAAGCUGCUAACAUCAAAUAGGCUCAAAUUCCCAUCAGCCAACUAGUCCGAUCCAUGAAGAUUGAUCCUGAAGGAGUAUUCAUGCUCGGAACAGACGGUGUUCUUCGCUCCUUUGACGAGAAUCAUAUGGUACUUGAUGCUGUUGGCUUGUCACCAGAACAGAUCAAAGAGAUGCUUGAUCAACAUCCCUGGGACCAAGAAAUAGAAGACAAAUAUCGUGGUGUGGAUGGUACCAAUGUGGUCGAUAUGAAACAACUAUACGAGCCGGAUGAAGACUCGAGACCAAAGGAAUUGACGGAGGAAGAGAUGCGACAAGCAGAGGAGGAAAUCAGGGUUCACAACGAGAAGCUCAUGCAGCAAAUGGAACAGGAUGAGAAGGAUGGUGUGGAUGUGGCUGAGAAGUAUAGGUCGAAGAGUAAUUACUAAUUAGGACCAAAGUAGAUGAAACUUUUCAGCUCGACUUUUCGGGUUGAGGAGGGAAAUCAGGGCAAGCAAGACGGCGUUGGACAUGAGA